AUGCCUGUCAUCACCUCCAUCGAGCAGCCGUCCAACUCCGGCAACAACGCCUCCGACCAAGCCACCCAGACCGCGACUUCCACAUCCUCGUCGGCGCCUGCCCAGCCGCAGCAGCAACCCAAGUCUGACGCAGAGCUGGCCGCCGAAAAGCUUUACGAGGAGCGUAUCGAGGAAGAGUACGCCAAGCGGGAGGGCGGCGCGUAA